UCCGCAGGUAGUGGUGUCGAUCGCCGAGCUCCGAUAGCCGCACUGGGUGUGGGGCCGCUGGUAGCGGCGCAGUCUCGGUAGGCAGGAUGAGUUUGGCUGGGGGCCGGGCCCCCCGGAAGACUGCGGGGAACCGGCUUUCUGGGCUCCUGGAGGCAGAGGAGGAAGAUGAGUUCUACCAGACGACUUAUGGGGGUUUCACGGAGGAAUCAGGUGAUGAUGAGUAUCAAGGGGACCAGUCAGACACAGAGGAUGAGGUGGACUCUGACUUUGACAUUGAUGAAGGGGAUGAACCAUCCAGUGAUGGAGAAGCAGAAGAGCCAAGAAGGAAGCGCCGAGUAGUCACCAAAGCAUAUAAGGAGCCUCUCAAGAGCUUGAGGCCUCGAAAGGUCAGCACUCCAGCUGGUAGCUCUCAGAAGGCCCGAGAAGAGAAGGCACUGCUGCCACUAGAACUACAGGAUGAUGGCUCUGACAGUCGGAAGUCUAUGCGUCAGUCUACAGCUGAGCAUACACGGCAGACAUUCCUUCGGGUACAAGAGAGGCAGGGCCAGUCACGGCGGCGAAAGGGGCCCCACUGUGAACGGCCACUGACCCAGGAAGAGCUGCUCAGAGAGGCCAAGAUCACAGAGGAGCUCAACUUACGUUCACUGGAGACAUACGAGAGGCUCGAGGCUGACAAAAAGAAGCAGGUGCACAAGAAGCGGAAGUGCCCAGGGCCCAUAAUCACCUAUCAUUCGGUGACGGUGCCGCUUGUUGGGGAGCCAGGCCCUAAAGAGGAGAAUGUGGAUGUGGAAGGAAGUUUUUGUGUUUCUGUCUCUCCCCUUAGACUGGAUCCUACUCCCACAGCCUCUGCGCUGACUCCCCGUGCAGGCACUGGACCCAUCGUCCCUCCAGCUCGCUGCUCCCGUACCUUCAUCACUUUUAGCGAUGAUGCAACAUUUGAGGAAUGGUUUCCCCAAGGGCGGCCCCCAAAGGUCCCUGUUCGGGAGGUCUGCCCUGUCACCCAUCGGCCAGCCCUGUACCGGGACCCUGUCACAGACAUCCCCUAUGCCACUGCUCGAGCCUUCAAGAUCAUCCGUGAGGCCUACAAGAAGUACAUCACUGCCCACGGACUGCCGCCCACUGCCUCAGCGCUGGGCCCUGGCCCGCCACCUCCUGAGCCCCUCCCUGGUUCUGGGCCCCGAGCCUUGCGCCAGAAAAUUGUCAUCAAAUAAGAUGCUUAGUCCUUGGAAACCCCUCUCCUGCCCUGACUUGGGGCUCUUCAUGUUUCCCCUUGUCUCCCUACUUCUUCCCUUUGUCAGCUCUGAACUUUGCCCAGCCCUUUUCUAUAUUUCUUUCCCCCCGGUUCCUGCUGGUUUUGUGUUUUUUAAUCUAAUAAAAAAGAAGCAUCCCCUUC